AUGGCUCCGGAAGCUGGUGAGGAUGUAUUCAGCCACUUCCCGAGCAACUAUUCGCCCCUCCAUCUCCAGGAGGUCCUGCAUCUCGGCCUCCGCGUCCUGAAGCCGCCUGGCAGUGGUGUCCAGCAGUUGGAGUGCGGCACCAAACGGAGAAGGGGCCUCCGGCACUCGAAUGGGGUGAUAUGCUCAAAAUAUGGCAUAAUAGUUGAAAGUUCAUCUCAGUUUGACAGGAGAGCACUGAACUGUUUCGUCAACUAUUAUUUGAACAUUGAUGUUUUCCCUAACAAGGAAACACAAACUGGUUGCCGAAAGGAAUUGUUCACCUGCCAUGAACUUGAUACUUUAACUGAUAUCACCAGCUGUCCAUCCAGCAAGAUGGGAAAAGUACUUGUAGAUGUACUUCAGGACAUUCCAGGUAGUAAUAUCCUAGCUGAUGGUGUAUUAAUUGAUGAGAAGAGCGCCGUUCUUUUUCUAGCUUUCCUAUCUUCACAUCUGACUAUUGACAAAAGAUUGGAUCGCCUAAAGAAUUUGAUCAAUAGGAGGUUGGACUACGAGAGCCUGGAGACUAAGAUUUCAGCAAGAUAUAGAUCUGGAGGAAAGAAUGAUGUGAAGUACCAACCCCCUCAGGAAGAUAACAAAGAUGGCUCAUGUACCAACCAUGAGUGGGCUGCAACUAUUAUUCAGACUCAGGCGAGAAGUCUUAUUGCAAAGAAUAAAUAUUGCAAGCGUAAGGAGGCAAUAUUUAUCCUGCAAGGUGCUAUGAAGGCAUGGUCAGCCACUACCUUGAAAAGGAACUGUUCCACUAUCGCUGCCACUACCCCUUGGCAAGCACAUGAAAACUACAACAGAUAUUUCAUUUGCAUAAUUGAGAGGAAUAGAUUUGUGCAGAUGAGAAAAUCUGCUAUUAUAAUUCAGCAGGUCGUAAGGGUUUGGAUUAGAGGAAGAAAAAGGCUCGAGAACAAUGAGCCCAUUGAAAGAUAUGAGUUCCCAGAAGGUAAAACUCCAUCCAAUACUAGUAGCAUUGCUCCUUCCCCUCAGGAGCAUUGCACUGGUGACGAUAAAACCAUAGCUUCAGCCACUCCAUGGCAGCACUGCGACCAUGUGGAUACAUUGAAAGCUUCUGUUGCUGCUCAUAUUCUUAGUUUUGAUGGCAUGGACAGUCUAUGUUCAACUGCUCCACAGCAGCUUAGCAACAAACAGAGCAACUCUAUAACUUCUGCCACUCAACCAUGCAAAAGUGAGCAUGAAUCUAUACUUCAUCCCAGUUCUCCAUUGGGUAUGUUUGAGAGUAGCUGUAGAAGUACAGCUAGAUCUCAGUUGUGUGAAGUUGAGACGUCCAACGUAAUUUCCGUAUGUAAGCUUAUGAGUGAGGAUAAUAUGGACAAUGGCACUAAUAUUUCUUCUCAAGUAUUCUUAGAGCACCAACAGCUUGUAUCUACCUGGAUUGAUUUACCUAUUUGCAAGGAAUCAGUGGCUGCUCAGAGGAUACAAUCUGCAUAUAGAAGAUUCUUGAAUAGAAACUUAAGGAUAACUGCUGCAAUUAAAAUCCAGAGCCAUUGGCGGUGCUAUUCAGUACGCAAGUGCUUCACAAAGCAAGUUCAGGCUAUUGUAGGAAUCCAGACCUCAAUAAGAUUGUCCUUGUACCGUCAGGCUUGUCAGCGCAACCAACUCUCUGCAGUACGGAUUCAGCAAGUUGUCAGAGGAUGGUUAGCUAGAAAGAGACUCUUAGAGUUAACCUGAUAAAUCCAUUUGCAGAGAUGGUGGCGAAAGGUUUUGUUCCUUGAAUCAAGGACGCAAGCUGUGACUAUUAUCCAGACUCAUUUCCGCUGUUGGGUCGCACGACAAGAUGCUAUUAAAACUAGGAACUGUAUUACUACAAUACAGUCAUUUGUCAAAGCCUACCUUGUGUCGAAAUCUUCAAAGCAAGAAGUUGCUCAUAUAAGAUCAAGACUGUAGAAGUCUUCUGCAAAAGUUGAUGAUAGUAUGCGCCUGAUCAACAGACUGGCGGCUGCACUGUCGCAGCUCCGUCAGUCUAGGAGCAAACACAGAAUUAUACAAAGUUGCACUACAUUGAGUACGGCUACAGAAUAUUCAAAGAAAUGCUGCGAGACACUAGUCACUGCUGGAGCCGUAGAUAUAUUGCUGAACAAAAUCCACUCGCUGAACCGUGUGAUUCCUGACCAGGAAAUCUUGAAGCAAGUGUUCCUUACUCUCAGGAACAUUGCACGCUAUCCAGAUCUUAGACAGGUGUUUGUCAACACUCCAGAAUCUGCUGAAAACAUCUUCCAGGAAUUACUAAGGAACAAAGCAGCUGCGUUCUUCAUCGCGUCUGAUAUUCUGAAGAAGUUAUGUGAAUCCAAGGAAGGCCAUGAAACCGCCCGGGCGCUGCAUCACCACAUCAAAAUGCUGCGAGUUCUGGUGCAAGACCUGGAAAAGAAGGUGGAACUCGACAAGAGUGAACGGGCUUAUUGUUUCUGCAAGGAAUGGCCGCACUGGAGCUGUGAAGGAGAACAAUCUACGGCGGCUUCGGGAGGCUGCCACGCUCCAUCAUCUCCUCACUUGUGAUGUUUAACGCGUCGGUGAUAUAGCUAGCUGUACGGCCAUUUGGUCCUACAAGGUUUUCCUGUUAUUCAGUAAUUGGAAGUUGGCGAUGGUGUAAGUGUCAAAAAUCUUGUGGGUAGCCCGGAGCUUGUAGUUUGGGCUAUGGUGCAAAUUCUAUUGCAGGCU